AUGUACUCUAUUUUGCAUGAAACUGAUGAUGCUACUUCAGUUAAUUUUUGUUUUUGGGGGAAAUUUUUACCAAAUGCAGAUUUGUUAGUAACUGCUGGCGCGAAAACUUUACGUUUUUUUCGAUUAAAUAAUUGUGGUAAUUCAAUUAAUUCUCCUCAAUUAGAAUGUUUACUUUUGUUUACAAUGAUGGCACCAAUCCGUGGAAUGGCUGUAAUAAGGCUAGAAGAUUUUCCUGACUUUGACGCAUUAGCUUUAACAUUUGAUGAUGCCAAGCUUUCAAUUGUCAACAUUAAUCCUUCCACAAUGACACUUAACACACUUUCUUUACAUUCAAUAGAAGAUGAAUUAUUACGUGAAGGUUAUGCCAAAGAUAUUCACCAUCCUGUCCUUUGCGCUGAUCCAGAGAGUCGUUGUUGCGUUUUUACUGUUUAUGGAAGGCAUUUAGCUGUUGUCCCAAUUAAACGAAUCAAUAGGGUUAAUAAAGAAAAUGAAUGUCUUUCAAGUAAAGAUGGACGUCAGAUUUUAUUGCAAAGUUACGCAAUCAAAUUGAGGUCACUCGACGAACGUCUAGAAAAUAUUCAUGAUAUGUGCUUUUUGCAUGGAUAUUUUGAGCCAACAAUUCUUUUCCUUUACGAGCCAAUCCAAACAACAGCUGGAAGCAGCAGUUCGAUUCGACACUGUCUCUAUUUUGGCUGUUUUUCUGAAUUUAAAAGACAAAAUACAUACAGUUGCCUUCCAAUGAACAUAAAUCGUUGCUUACCUAUUAACCCUCCAAUUGGUGGAAUUUGUUUAUUUGGAGCCAACGAAAUUGUUUAUUUAAAUCAAUCUGUACCACCAAGGGGAAUUUCUUUAAAUUCUUGUUCAGAAGAAUUUAUUAGAUUUCCAUUAAGUAAUCAACAACAAAAUUUAAAGUUAGUUUUGGAAGGCUGUGCUGUAGAAAGAGUGUCAGAUUCUCCAAAUGAUGUUUUUGUUGUUUUGUCUAAUGGAGAUUUAUAUAUUUUAUCUCUUGAAACUGACCAAGCAAAUGUUGUUAAAAAUAUGCAUUUGACAAAAACUUUUGAAACAUCAAUUCCUUGUGUUCUUACAAGUUUCUCAACAAAUUUUCUUUUUGUUGGUUCCAGACUUGGAGAUUCACAAUUACUACGUUAUUCACUAGACAAAAUACGAGGCUCAAAGGAUUAUUCAAAUAAUCAGGAUUUGGUAAAUCAUUCGCGAAUUUUAUUCAAUGAUGAUGAUAUUUUUCUUUAUGGCGAUGAUUUUUGUAAAAGUUUUUUAAUUGAAGAGAUGACAGCUUCUGGUCAUGGGAAGGAUUCUUCGCUUUGCCUCUAUCAUCGCUCUGUCCGACCACAAAUUAUAACAAGCACAUUUUUGGAUGAAGCUCAACAAAUUUGGACUAUAGGGCGUCAUUACGACGAUAUGCACAAAUAUUUGCUAAUUUCUCGUGAACGAAGUACUGUUGCCUUAGAAUUACACAAUGAUAUGAUCGAAUUGGAUACCCCUCUCUUUUGCACUAAUGAGUCAACAUUGAUGGCUGGGGAUUUGGCAGAAGGGAAUGUUGCUGUACAGGUAAUUUUUUGCUCAAUUUAUUCCAAACAUAUUAUUAGCAUUAUUCUCGUCGCAAAUGAUCAACAAAUCGACUGCAUUUCAAUUGACUCAAGUUUUCCAGUAAUUUCUGCUUCGCUUAUUGAUCCCUAUUUGGCUCUUCUUACACUAAAUGGACGUUUUUUCCUUUAUCAAUUAUUUUCAAAGCCAAAUAUCCAUCUUAAACAGAUACCAAUUCUAAAUGUGCUUAAGCACGAAAAAUCGCCUAUCACAGCAAUUUCACUUUACAAGGAUUGCAGUGGUUUAAUUCAAUAUUCAGACAAUAAAAAGAUUAUUGAACAGGAAGAAUCGUCGUCUGCAAAUGAAAAACUUUUAUUUCCAAAAUCUAAUUCCUUAGAUUCUUCUUUAAUCAAAAAUGAGAUGGAUGAAGAUUUGGCAACAAAAGAACAACUUAACGAAGAAGAUGAUAUUGAUGCAUUUCUUUAUGGAGUUACAGAAAAGGAACGGAAUAAAACUCAACCUCAAAAUGAACCGCAAAAACAAAAAGUAGAAACUCAAAAGCAGCAACAAAAAAUUAGCUGGCUUACAAUUUCAAACGAAAUAUCAAUUAAUGCCAAUACUGAUGAAUUUGUUGAACGCCCAUCUAAAAUUUUACCAACUUUUUGGUUGUUUUUUACUCGUGAAAAUGGCAAUCUUUACAUUUACAAUUUACCUAAUUUACAAUUAGUUUAUAUGGUCAGAAAGUUUUGUCAAUCUCAUGAUGUUCUCUACGAUGAUGUACAAUCUGCAAUUGACGAUGAGCAUAGGCCUUCUCAACAAUCAUUUAUGAACACACCAGUCAUUGUGCCACAACCUGCUGAAAGCCUUUCCUCUGAUACAAUUAAAAUAUUUGAACUGCAAAUUUGUGGGCUUGGAAUUAAUUGUGGCCGGCCAGUUCUGUCCGCUCUGUUCGAUGAUAUGGUUGUCUUCUAUGAAUUGUUUCCUCAUGAUGAUAAUAUUAAUGGUCAUCUUGCCAUCAGGUUCAAACGUCUCCCCUGCACUGUAGUUAUACGAGAAAAACGUUUUCUUGGCCCUAAUGGCAGAGCGCAAGUUGAGGCACAUGAAGUUGAGGACAGACAUAGACAGCGAAUUUUUCCUUUUGGUCCGCUGAGUAAUUUGUCUAAUGGAAUUUUCAUUGCUGGUGCAUAUCCUUCAAUUCUACUAAUAAAUCGUAAUGGAGUUCAACUCCAUCCAAUGACCAUCGAUGGACAAAUAACAGCUUUUUCAUCAUUCAAUAAUGCUAAUUGCAAAAAUGGCUUCUUAUAUCUAACAAAGAAACCAGAACAUAUGAUGCGUGUUGCAACUUUGAACUCAGAUAUUGACUAUGAUUGCUCAUAUCCACAUCGUAAAAUUCCAAUUGGUCAAACUAUUAGCCAUGUAGUUUUUAUGCUUCAAGGAGACCUCAUCAUGUUAGUAACGAGUGAAAAAAAGCCAAACAAAACUGUUUGUACAAUUGUGAACGAGGAAAAGCAAGUUGAGACACAUGAUCGUGACGAAAAUUUUAUUUUGCCAAGCAUUGAUUCAUACAAACUUAGGCUCUUUUCAACGGAAGAUUGGAAAUUUGUGCCAAACUUUGAAUUUCAAUUGGAGGAGUUUGAAGUUGCAACUGCCUGUGAAGAAGUAUUGCUAACCUCGGAAAGCACAGUUUCUGGUGUAAAAAAUUAUCUGGCAUUGGGAACAGCUAUCAAUUAUGGAGAGGAGGUGUAUGUUCGUGGUCGAGUAGUCCUUUUUGAGUUAAUUGAAGUAGUGCCGGAGGAAGGAAUGCCUACAACACGUCACAAACUUAAAACAAUUUAUGACAAGGAACAAAAAGGGCCCGUAACUAGUUUAUGUGCAAUUAAUGGAUUUUUACUUACUGGAAUGGGUCAAAAGAUUUUUAUUUGGCAAUUUCGUGAUAAUCAAUUACAUGGUGUUUCCUUUCUUGAUUUACAUUUCUACGUUCAUCAUAUGGUUGCUUUUCGUGAUUUUGCAUUAGCUUGUGAUUUAUAUCGUUCUCUUUCAUUAAUUCGAUACCAGGAAGAAUUUAAAGCACUUUCAUUAGUUUCACGAGAUUUACGCCCAACAGCCCCAACUCCAAUGACUUCUCAAUUUAUCAUAGAUCAUAAACAACUUGGAUUUAUUCUUACAGAUGAAUUAGCUAACAUAACUUUAUUUAAUUAUUUACCUGAAAUGAAAGAAUCAAUUGGUGGUGAACGGUUAAUUAUUAGAGCAAUAUUAAAUAUUGGAUCAUUAAUUAAUACUUUUGUGCGAGUUAAAGGGCAUACUUCUGAAUGUUUCAUUGAUUCAGAACAACAACGUGGAAUACAAACUUGCUAUUUUGCUACAUUAGACGGCUCUUUUGGUUUUAUUAAGCCUAUCAUCGAAAAAGUUUUUAGAAGACUACACAUGUUACAACAGAUGAUGAAUAUGUAUGUACCUCAACCAGCAGGGUUAAAUCCUCGUGGUUCACGUGCUGGACGUCCACAAAAGACUGGAACUAAUCAACAAAUAAGUGCAGCAAAAAAUAUUAUCGAUGGUUUGCUAGUAAUGCAAUAUAUGCAUUUAAGCUCUCAAGAAAAAACAGAUUUAGCUAAAAAGUUGGGAACAAGUAAAUAUCAAAUAAUUGAUGAUCUCACUGAGUUAAUUAGAAUUACUUCUCAUUAUUAA